UAAUUAUAGAUAUGGAAUAGAACAGUAAUAUACACAGAAAAGGACACCUUAUGUAACAACAUUUAUGACAUGAUGAAGGAAUUUGAAAAUCGUAAAAAGAAAAAAAAAACAUUAGUUAGUUUAUCAAAAAAUUUGAGAAUAACUGCCAGAAACAAUUGGGCCCAAAUGUUGGAUGGAUCAAUAGAGGAUAAUAGCUUAGAACUUUGCAUAAUCCAUGAUCAUGGUGGUCUGAGUGUCCCUGUGGAGGAAACACCUGAGGAAAUAAUAAUAUAUUUUAUUGAGUAUUUUUUUGAAGCAGUGGAUUCAAAUAGCCACGAAAAAAUGCAAGAGGUUAAUGUACAUAAAAUCGCUAAUGAGCCUCCAACACCUAAUUCAAAGCCUGCAAAAUCUUUAGGUAUGUAAUUUUUAUAAAAUCAAUAGGGAAAAAUAAUAAUUAUCCAAGAGUAACAUUUAUAAAUGCACCUGGACUUAUUAGGGAAUAGCUUGGGGAAUAGUAUAUCAGUAUCAUCACCAGCCGCCCCCUCCUGUGACCGGUUUCGGUGCCUUUACACCUCAUCAGACAGGCUAUAGGCAGCUGGUGACACUGACAUAAUUAGCUGUUUUUAGCUAGUGAGCCGUCAACUCCUAGUUCAAAGCCUGCAAAAAUUUUAGGUAUGUAGUUUUUAUAAUAAUUUUAAGUUACUUAUCACAAAAUCAAUAUGGUCAAUAAUUAUCUUUUUUUAGCUAGUGAGCCCCAAUACCUAGUUCAAGGCCUGGAAAGAUUUUAGGUAUGUAAAUUUUCUAAAUAAUUAUUUUAAAUU